AAAUUUAACUACACAAAAAUCUACUAUUGGAGUUCAAUUUAAUAAGACUGGAAAAUCCUAUGACUAGAAAAUGUUUUCAUAAAAAACUUUCACAGAAAUAUUUGUGUUGAUAUUUUAUAUAAAACCAGUUCCCACAAUAUCAGAUUUAUUAGCUUUGAUUAUACUGAGAGUAUUUAUCAUGUUAAUUGUUACUUGGAACAUGAAAAUGUUAUAUAACUGCUACAAACUAUAUUUACUGAAUAGUUGUAUUGAGUCAAAGAUCAACAGCAUAAUGUGCUGUAGUUCUGAAACAGACGUAAUACACAUUUCAAGAAGAAGAGCUGAAAAACGCGAGAAAAACGUAUAUAUUUAUCAUUUUGUGCUAAGCACGACAGUUUCAUCAGAUCGUUUAUCAAAGUAUCGUCGCUCCCAUAUAUAGAGAUGGAAAUUCAAAUUUUGCUGUUCAUCUUUCUUUUAACUUUUCUUAUCAAAAAUGAUGUAAACGCAGGGAAAUUUGGAUCCUCUCGAAUCUCGUCAUCACGAGGGGGUUCGUAUUCCUCGUCGCGAGGUUCGUCAUCGCAUUCUUCGAGUAGGCAUGUUCCAACUUCAUUUGGAUCUAGUUCAAGCUCUACUAGAUAUGGAACUCCAUCAAGCUCUUCCACUAGAUAUGGAAGUCCAUCUAGCUCUUCCACUAGAUAUGGAAGUUCAUCGAGCGGACAAACGACAGGAACAAGUUCGACUGGAACUUUAUCGAGCCACACUUCGCAUCAGCAGAAUAAAGACAUGUCAGCAUCUAUCUUACACUCUGAACGAGGCGCUGGUAGACCCUCUCAAACCAAUUCCGCACAACCAUCUAGUCAAUCAUCGACACCAUAUGGCCAUGCAGGAACUUAUCCUGGGAGUCAAGUAGGAAAACCAAGUGUUCCAGAGAAUAAACAAAAUUCUGCACCAUAUCCAUCGGCGCCACAUUUUGCGCCACAUAAUCCAUCUGCACCAUAUAAUCCAUCAGCUCCGUCGGCUGAUCAUUUAUCAAAAGUUACUGUACCUUCACAAAGUCAUGCACCGACUUCUUUUGGCCAACCAAACACGCCCUACAAUCCGUCCCACACUGUAAAUAAUAAUCCUUCGUGGAGCAAUCCACACUUCAAUCCGAACCAACCGCCGCCUUAUCCAACGUCUACUAAUAUCGGAUUCAAAGAACAUCUACGCCCAACUGCAAUGCCAGUUCCUUCGUACCCCGUCCAGCCUCCACGAACAUCUUAUCCUGUCUCCGGUUCUAAUCCAUAUCCUCCUCCAUAUUCAAAUCAAGCUUUCGGUCAUUCCAUGAAUCAACCCCAUUCUACAUAUAAUCCCAGUCAAACAUUCGGACAUUCCUCCAAUUACCCGGCGCAUAUUCCACCACCUGUACCAGGUACGUUCGGAAAUCCUUAUUCUACGCAUCCGGUUGGCGGAACAUACAGUCCAGCCGGACAUAGUUAUCCUCAACAACACGUCUUGGCACAACCAGCGGCGCAGCCAUAUAUACCUGGACAAACAAUCAUAAUGGCUGGUCAACAAGAUAGCGGUAGAGGCUUUGGUCAGAUGGUGAAAGAAGCCCUCGUGUUUUCCACUAUCAAUGCUGGCGUGAAUAGGCUAAUAAAUCCGCAUCAUCAUUAUGCAUCUGAUUAUGGCAGGCCAGUGAGUUCUACAAGCGAAACGCAUGAAACUCAUAAUAAUUAUUAUUUUAACACUGCUCCGAACAAUGCUCCUUCGAUACCGGCUUUGCCGAAUGUAUCUCAGGGUCAGGGAAAUGUUCCACUCACGUAUCCAGUUAAUUAUCCAAGUUCGGUAAACAAUCCAGCUAUUACUCCGGGUGUAUCAAGUCCUAUCACAGUCGGAAACAACAGUAGCGUAACAUAUCCAGUUAGUAAUGACGCUUCCAUGAAUGCAGUGCGUAUGACCAACAAUAUGGGAGGUCCUCCAGUUGCACCUUCUGCCGAAAUUUCCACUGGCAACACAGUAAAUAAUAAAAACUCACCUGAUGAGGGAACAAUUGUUUAUUCUCCUCAACAUAUGAUAUCGGACAAUGAAUUAAUGAUGUUGACUGAAGAAUUGUUCGCGAAACAAGAAGUCAAUAUAUCCAAAUAUUUGACAAUACAUGUUCAGAGUAAAUCCGAGAAUAUUACCGAUGAAGCUAAAGGACCAUUACUUUACACGCAACAAGAGGUCUACGAUUAUCCGACGAUUCAAGUUAUUCGCGCGCUCUAUGACAAUUAUGAACACAAUUCCACCGUGAAGGAGAAUCGAACGCUUGAAAAGCGGAAGAAAGAGGAUCUUCUGUUGGACGUGUUUUUGAAUACAAAUGUAAUGACCAGAGCUAUGCAAUGGCUAUCAGAUCGAGGUUUCAUCGAUCCAGAUGACUUCGAGAAAAAGGAUAUUCUGCGGCACAUUUGGUUUACUCAAUUCGACGGCGCUACUUCAGGUUUCGAACGAGUGUUUACAUCUGAAAGAUAUGGCGCGGAUCUUCUUGGUGUACAAGACUGGAUCUAUUUUGAUUAUCAAGAAUCGAAGAGACGUAUUGAUUAUUUGGGAUACGUUGACACUUUGAAACUCGGCGAUAGAGCCUCGUUAUUGAAGUUGAACUUUAAAAUGGAUGAUGUUAUUAGACCAAACGCGACAAUAUUUGUGGGUACGCUUCCGGAGCUCGAAAUGUCUUUAUACACUAUAUGCUUUUACGCCAGAACAAAUAAUUUAUGUCCCGUUUCUCUUGGCGGAGCUAAGUUUAAUAUUUUUACUCAUUCGUUUAGAUAUUACGGAAAAGACCUCAUAGAUUUAGCGCUUCCAAUUUUCUAAUUCUUUAUAAAUAUAUGUGCCAUCGUAAUAAUAUAAAUUAUCAUCGAACUA